UGUCUGAGGGAGUGUCUGUGUGUGUGUGUGUCUGUGUGUGUGUGUGUGUGUGUGUGUGUGUGUGUGUGUGUGUGUGUGUGUGUGUGUGUGUGUGUGUGUGUGUGUGUGUGUGUGUGUGUGUGUGUGUGUGUGUGUGUGAGGGGUAUCCAAUAGAGGAUAAUUUUAGCCUCUGUUCUGCUGACUGGACGAGCGUUGGAGACAGCCGGGGAGACUGACCCGGACUCACGGGAGGACCCAGCUGAAAUGGCCACCAAAGUGGUAGACCUGCUGUACUGGCGAAGCCUCCCCCAGACUGGGGUGGUGUUCACAGGGCUGGUGGUGGUGCUGGCCGGCAUGUUCCAGCUGAGCACCAUCACCGUGCUGUCCCACCUGCUGCUGGCCCUGAUGGGGUUGACCACCGCCCUCAGGCUCUACUACAAGCUGCUGGAGCUGCUGCACUGGAACCCGGGCCUCCACCCCUUCCAGUCUCAGCUGGACGGGGACGGGACCCUGACGGACGAGGCCACGGUGGCCGUGGUGGAGGGCGCCGUGCUGCGCAUCGCCUUCGCCCUCACCGAGCUCAAACGGCUCGUCUUCAUCGGCAGCGUGGUCGACUCCAUCAAGUUUGCCGCGUUCCUGUACCUGCUGACCCACGUGGGCGUGGCCACGAGCGGACUCACGCUGGUCAUGGCCGGUGUGAUCACUGCCUUCUCUGUGCCACUCCUCUACAGAAAGCAACAGGUCCGGAUAAGGAGGUUGUCUCGCUCCCUCCGUACCACCACCAAGAGGAUCAAAACCAUGUUUAUGAGCAUGUACAGGAAGGUCAUUCCCGCCUCUGCAGCUGCGUCUGACCACGCCCCCACGCCCCCUCCAACACCUGCACCUGUAAGCCCCGCCCCCAAACAGAAGGCCAAGGCCAAGUAACAAGAUGGAGAGGAAGACGAUGAAGACGAUGAAGUUCUGUCACCACACGAGGAACUCGGUGUUCUGUGUGGCGCAGGAAGUGUGUUCCUGUCGCCUAUUCCUGUUGCGUCUUCUCUGUGUGUUCAAAGAGUCCUCCUGGUUUAAUUUAAAGAGUCCGUCGGUAAAGUUUACAGCAUUGUCACUCGUGACAUAGAGCGUAUUCAGUUGGCGGCCAUCUUGGGCAGUUGGGUGGCAAAAAGCUUCUAGAAACUCAGAGGAAACCAUGACAACUCAACGGAGAAGCCUUCUGAAUUCAUUCUAACAAUAAACAUAAGAAGUUGUCAUGGUUUCCGAACAUUGCAGAUGGUUAACCCGCCCGCCCGACCAAGAUGGCCGCCGGUUGACGGCGGCCUCUCUGCGGUUUGUUCUGCUCCCCGGUGUCGUCGCUGAACCACCGAGGUGUCGUUUGGUCUUAAAGUCUUAAAGUUAUUUAUGUAAAGAGCAGCGAGAGCUCAGCGCUGCCACAGAAUUAUUUAGACCUCCUGAAGAAGCUAAAUCGAUUUAUAACAAUUAUAAUUUAUUCAGAACCGCCAACUCUCACGCAUUGAGGUUGAGAGUUAAUUCACCCUCUCACACGCACUCAGGCCGGACCUCCUAUUUCUCACUAAAAUGAUGUGCUAUAUCACUAUCACGCAGACUUAUUCAAUAAUAUAACUUUGUAUGUAAUCAUAUGAUGCCAACUAAGGCUGUGGUCCCGCCAUCUACUCAAAAAGUUGAUGGCGCAUCUACAUUGCUCUGUACGGUAAAGCACAUGGUGCCUUCCAGUGCACCUUGGAAACUCGUAAAGUCGAGUACAUAUAAAGACAUAUGUACUCGACUUGCCAAGAAAGUGGUUUGAAACGGGAAAAUUUCUUACACUAUGUAGGCAGAUAAUUCCUAGACAAUUCAGAAAAUAAUUAUCACAUUUACCUACUUCAUCAUAUUCUUAUUGAACGUGUCUCCAGGAAUCCUCUGUGAUGAUUUUCAAGUUGUUUUACUGUGUGACGUUUUAAUAAUUAGAUGCUCAAUCAUAUAUAUUUGUAUAGGCCUAUAAGCCUAUGUAUGUAUGUAUGUAUGUAUGUAUGUAUGUAUGUAUGUAUAUAUAUGUGUAUGUGUACAUAUACACACAUAUAUAUAUAUACAUAUAUAUAUAUAUAUAUAUAUAUAUAUAUAUAUAUAUAUAUAUAUAUAUAUACACGUGUAUAUACAUAUUAUAUAUAUAUACACACACAUAUAUAGUAAGGCAAACUUAGAGGUCAGAAUAAGAUGGAAGGAGAGUGGAGAGGAUGAAGAGAAGGAUAAGUACAUGUUGAACCAGAAAAUUAUGGAGUUUGUAGAAAACAAUUAGGUUUGAUUUUUCUGAAAGCAUUUUAUUUUUUAUAUAUAGUAAUAAAUGUGAAUUAGGCAUUUCUUUCACAUGUAAUAUUAAAAGAUGCUGCAGUAAAAUGUGUUGAAAAUCAUCACAGAUGUAUUAUUUUUAUUCGAUUUUCUAUAUUUUUUUAUCUGCCUACAUAGACAUACUUAUGUCAACACCUGCAGACAAGUAUAUAUUUCAACAAUUUAAAAUAAGAAAGAAAAAUAUAUCAUUCCUGUUUUCAACCACUUUCUUGGCCAUUCAAGUAGAUAUUCUAGUUGCCUUGGUGCACUGGAAUGCGCCAUGAAGUCACUUUACCGUACAAAGCAAUGCGCAAUCGCUUUGCUAGGUGUCGGGUGGUUAUGGUUUGGGUGAGGAUUAGUAGAAUUUAUGAAACAAGGGAAUUAGGUGUGAACAGUCUUCUGCGCGUGGUAGUGACCCAGAAAGGAACCCAAACAAAUAUGGCAGCCCUGGUUAUAGUAAACAUGAUUAAUUUUAGUUUUCGGCGUUUGGUGAUGAGGUCGACUCCAUAGAAAUAGCAGACGCUCUUCCAGACAGAUUAAUAGUCACUGGAAAGUCUCACUGGUCAGGUCAUUUCUUCAUCUGGUCCGGGUAUUUUUUAUAAGCAUGUGAGCACCUUACCAGCCAAUACCAACACUCUGCCAAACGAACCAAUAGAAGAAAUGGUCUUUAGGUUUUAUUUCCAUGUAGCUCCCGGUUUGUACUCAACAGUUAAGUUAUGUUUGGGGUGUUGCAUAUUAAUUCAUAACUCAUUAUUUCCACUAUAGGGCAGACAUUAACCAUUAACAAAGUCAUGGGCAUGUGUGAACUUUAAAAUAUGUGUGACUACGGUGGGGAUCGACCGGUGCUUUCAGCUGGGAAACAGCCCCCCCCCCUCCCCUCAUGUUUUAGUGUUAUGUCAUGUUGUUUUGUAUUAACAUUCACUAUGUUGCUCCCAAAUAAAGUUAUCGACAAACGAAA